AUGGAGAAAUUGUCUAGCCUAAUAGCAUGUGCCUUGAUCUUGGCUAUUGCGAGGAACCCAAUCUUCACGAAUGCAGGAGAUCCCGACAUUCUGAAGGAUUUCCUGGUCCCUCCAGGCCUCAACGAGAGCACAAUCACUAGGCAAUACUUCACAUUCACCAAUUUCAGGUAUUUCGAGACAAAGGCCAAUCUGACGGGACGAACCACAGCCUUUAUAGCCAAAGCAACGGAGAAAGAAUUCCCGGCCCCCGAGGGGCAAGCGUCUCUCAUCUACCCGCCUUCAGGGAUCAACCCGCCACACACGCACCCACGGUCAGCCGAGCUCCUGAUCGUCCUGGAAGGCAUCCUGGAGGUUGGGUUCAUUGACACGGAAAACCGGCUCUUCCUGCAGACCCUCCAAGCCAACGACCCGUUCAUCUUCCCAAAAGGGCUGGUCCACUUCCAGGUCAACACGCAGCCAGACUGCAAGGCGGUGGCACUCGGGGUGUUUGGGAGUGCAAGCGCAGGGACGGUCUCGAUUCCGGCUAGCGUGUUUGGGAGUGGGAUCGACGUGGAAAUCCUGGCAAAGGCUUUCCACACAGAUAAUCAGACCAUAUCCGAGCUAGUGCAGGCCAACAAGUAA